UCUUUUUUUUUUUUUUUUUUUUAUAGACAGAGUCUCACUUUAUCGCCCUUGGUAGAGUGCCAUGGUGUCACAGCUCACAGCAACCUCCAAAUCCUGGGCUUAGACAAUUCUCUUGCCUCAGCCUCCCGAGUAGCUGGGACUACAGGCACCUGCCACAAUGCCUGGCUAUUUUUUGUGGCAAUUUGGCCGGGGCCGGGUUUGAACCUACUACCCUCAGUAUAUAGGGCUGACGCCCUACCCACUGAGCCACCCGAAACAAACAUUCUUGAAAACCAGCUAGGGAUUUGCAGUCAGAAAAGACAUGGAUGCUUGUCUUUAGCCUGUCCAGGGAAACCAUUUACCCUGGUGGUUAUUUUCCAGCUAUUUACCCUGCUGGAAAAUAGAAAAAUUUGACACUUAAAGAGGUAGGGGUAUUUAUGAAAGGUCUUGGGAUCUGUCCAUUCUCAGAUCUUCCUUUUGUGUUUAGCCGUGGUGUGACUGGGAAUGACAUUUGCUAAUUAUUGGACUUAACCUUUGAGGCAUUUUUUUUUUCAAGUUUUAUACAGAAACACACAUGGCUAUGAUGUGAGAUUGUGCUGGACAACACAGGCAAGUGGCCAGAGGGCCGAACAAAUUGCCUUCAAGCUUGUGAGAGCGUCUGCCUGCCCGUGAGGAGCUCCCUUCCUGAUUAGGUCGGGAACUAUAAGCGGACCGUGAAGCGGAUCGACGAUGGCCACCGCCUGUGCGGUGACCUCAUGAACUGCCUGCACGAGCGGGCACGCAUCGAGAAGGCAUAUGCGCAGCAGCUCACUGAGUGGGCCCGGCGCUGGCGGCAGCUUGUGGAGAAGGGGCCACAGUACGGAACGGUGGAGAAGGCCUGGGUGGCCAUGAUGUCCGAGGCAGAGAAGGUGAGUGAGCUGCACCUCGAAGUGAAGGCCUCACUGAUGAAUGAGGACUUUGAGAAGAUCAAGAAUUGGCAGAAGGAAGCCUUUCACAAGCAGAUGAUGGGGGGCUUUAAGGAGACCAAGGAGGCCGAGGAUGGCUUUCGCAAGGCGCAGAAGCCCUGGGCCAAGAAGCUGAAAGAGAUGGAGGCAGCAAAGAAAGCCUACCAUGCAGCAUGCAAAGAGGAGAAGCUGGCCAUCUCCCGGGAGGCCAACAGCAAAGUGGACCCCUCCCUCAACCCAGAACAGCUCAAGAAAUUACAAGACAAAGUAGAAAAGUGCAAGCAAGACGUUCUCAAGACCAAAGAGAAGUAUGAGAAGUCCCUGAAGGAGCUGGACCAGGGCACGCCCCAGUACAUGGAGAACAUGGAGCAGGUAUUUGAACAGUGCCAGCAGUUUGAGGAGAAGCGCCUGCGCUUCUUUCGGGAGGUUCUGCUGGACGUUCAGAAGCACCUAGACCUGUCCAAUGUGCCCAGCUACAAAACCAUCUACCGCGACCUGGAGCAGAACAUCAAGGCAGCUGACGCAGUGGAGGAUCUGAGGUGGUUCAGAGCCAAUCACGGGCCAGGCAUGGCCAUGAACUGGCCGCAGUUUGAGGAGUGGUCUGCAGACCUGAAUCGAACUCUGAGCCGGAGAGAGAAGAAGAAGGCUGCUGAUGGUGUCACCCUGACAGGCAUCAACCAGACAGGUGACCAGUCCCUGCAGAACAAGCCUAGCAGCAACCUUAGUGUCCCGAGCAACCCCGCGCAGUCACAGUCCAGCUACAACCCCUUCGAGGACGAGGACGACUCGGGCAGCACCGUCAGUGAGAAGGAGGACAUUAAGACCAAAAAUGUGAGCAGCUACGAGAAGACCCAGAACUACCCCGCCGACUGGUCAGACGACGAGUCCAACAACCCGUUCUCCUCCACUGAUGCCAAUGGGGAUUCAAACCCAUUCGACGAGGAAACCACUUCAGGGACGGAAGUGCGAGUCCGGGCCCUUUAUGACUAUGAGGGCCAGGAGCAUGAUGAGCUAAGCUUCAAGGCCGGGGAUGAGCUGACCAAGAUGGAGGAUGAAGAUGAGCAAGGCUGGUGCAAGGGACGCUUGGACAACGGACAGGUUGGCCUGUACCCAGCGAAUUACGUAGAGGAGAUUCAGUGACGGGCUAGGGCCAGGCCGGCAGAGGGACGGAGGCAGCGGCCCAGGAUCUCCAGUGCCUCCCACCGGCCAUGUGGGCGUCCACUCCUGUUCCUGCAGAAGAUGAAGGUUCCGUUGCUCUUGGCCUCAUGGUGUCCCUGGCAGGCAGACAGCUGGUCAUUUCACCCAGGGCUCAGCACCUUUCCAAGUGCAGCUACAGGGAUCUGAACGCAGGAAGAUGCAAAGCAACAGAGAAGCAGCCGGCCCCCUGCUGCCGCCUGCUGGUUUGUCGGCUUAUCAUGGAUCUGUGUAUUCUUGACCUUGUCUCUCCUCUCCUCCGAGUCAAUGGUGGGUUAUGCUGAUUCUAGUUUACUGAUCACUUUCUCUGGUGAGUCCCGUCACUUGCAACUUAAAUGAACAAACUUAGAUGCCAUUUUCUGAGUAAAGAUUUUGAGGUUUUUAAUUUAAAGGCCGUGUACAGUUAUACUUUUUUUAUACCUGUUCUUCCAUUUGUUUAUACUUAAAUUAUGGCACAGACUAGCAUAGGAAUUGGUCUUGAGGAAUUGGUAUCUCCAUUUCCGUGCUGUGCCAUUAAUCAGCCAUGCCACUGUGUGGGGUAAGCUGCAAGGGAUGAAGCUCACGACGGGUGAUGUUGGAGGCGGGAGGUCGUUGUAGAAAGAUGAGCACACAUCAUGGACUCCUCCUGUGAGUGCCCUUUCUGUAUGGGGGUGACUGAAUGCAAGUUUCAGAUAUAGCCAUAGGUAGUACCACCCCCCAAAGUCGCCAUAUUUAAAAUUUUUUACUUUAAUUUUGCUUAAAACUUUACUCUUUUGCAAAUUAAUAGUUUUAUCAGUGAUUUGGAAGGUUAAAAAGUAAUAAGACUAACUUUUCAAGCAAAUGCAUGUGUCUUGGUGUAUAUCUGUACAUACUACUUGAUAUCUAGAGAAUCUAAAGAUUCUGUCUACUGUUUUGAUGAGAUUUGACAGCGGGUCUCAUUUGUGAAUGACAUGACAUCUAUGGCCUUUGGGCACAGGCCUGGCUGGCCAACUGGACCUUCUCCCAGGCUCAGAUGUGGGUCUGGGCCCUUCUGACGUGGAAACUUCAGGAGACUGACUUAUCCUUACCGGCUGGCUUCAGGCCCUGCUUCUGCCUGGGCUUCAUCCUCGGUCCCGCAGCAGAGCACUGCAAACACCACAUCUUUGCAGCAGCCGCAAACUUCACAGUCGUCUGUAUUCCUUGUGGGCAAACAAAAGCUGGAUCUCACCCACAGCACAGGCCUCUCUGAGUGUCUCCAGAGAGCCAGGGGUGCUGUGGUCCAAGCUACACUGUGGUCACGUGGUGGGCAAGGUGGGUGAGACUUUAUUUUGUGUGUCUCAGACCCUGGGCCUGUCCUGCCAGUCACAAGCUAUGCACUUACCCUGUUUCCAGCAAACUUGAUGUCUUGCUGGGAAGUGGAUGUGUGUCCGUGUCUGUGUCUGUCAUGAAACUUACCAGCAGAAAUCCUCAUUCCUAUGCUACAGAUUUACCAAAAAUUGUCAAGUCUUUUAAGUUCAGUUCCUUUAAAUGUACAGUAUUUUAGGGAAAACAAAUCAAUAAAUGGUUGAUCUCCCA